AUGUCGACCCUGCUGCCUUUGGACAUGGGCUCUGUGUUCAUCGGAAUGUGCUGCGGACUUGUGAUGUAUGGCUUUUCUGUGCACCAGACAUGGCGAUAUUUCCAACUUUACCGUCAAGACAUGCGGCUGCUGAAGAGCAUUGUUGCGGUCUUGUUCGUUGCGGACACCUUCCACUCAUGUCUCUCCGUGAUAGUCUGUUAUCAUUACUUGGUCCAAAAUCUUUCGAACCCCGCCGCGCUGGAUUACGGUACAUGGUCUAUUCGCUCGAUCUCGGCAACGUCUGCACUUUCGAUGGUGGUCUCCGCAGGGUUUGCGAUAGUGGAUUGUGUUGAAUCGUUCAUCCUGCCCACUAUUUCACAGUUCGUAGAGUGGACGUGGUCAGGCUCUGUGGCCUUCGCAUGCGUCGUGGUCACAGACCUUGCAGUCACGUCUUCCAUCAUUCUCUACUUGAGAAAGCGUCGAACCGGGAUCAAGCAUACCGAUAAUGUACUUGGAGUCAUUGAGGUGUACACGAUCAACAGCGGUCUGCUUACGGCCACGCUCAGUCUGCUCAGUGUCAUCUUCGUCUUCGUCUGUCCCCGCAUGAUGCUCUACAUAUCCCUCAACAUGCCCACUACUAAAUCAUACGUCAACUCCGUGUUCGCUGUACUCAACUCCCGAAAAGCCCUCAAAGCAUCCCUGAUGGACGACUUUGGCAUGCUCGGGAUGUCCACGGCGACUGAUAAGCGAGGCGGCAAUCUCGUUCGUAUGCGGCAUAUGACCAUGCCACAGUCUAUAGUUGCUUUCAACCCCGUCUUUUCGGCGGAAUCAAAGGAUUCUGAUAUUCGGUUAGGAGUGAGGUCUCUCGUAGACAAGCCGGAGACGGCUGUCGUCAGGGAUAACGGAGACAGAAGUAGUAGUCCACCGAUGUUCGAGGACGUCUGA